UAGAAUGUACAUAUGGACGUCUUUGUCCCUCAACAUUUAGCUUAAUGUCGCAACAGCCUUCUUAUUGUAGAACACUGGGACGAAGACUUUUCUCUUGAGGAGAAGAGUAGAGAAGGGGAUCUAAAUUCUACGGGAAAAGCUACGGGUCUGAGUCCAUGGCAGGGGCAGGGAGUUCCAUGCUUUAUUCCUUCCUUCUAUUCAUGGUCAUUCUCUCGCUUCAAGAAGUUUACAGAGGGAAGUUAGCGUCGUCUGAGCUGUUUACCAUACUCGGGGGGUUCACCAGUUCUCUUGUAUUUCUUGUGCUGCUGACUUUCAUUGGAAAUUUCCAGGAAACAUGUGGCGUGAAGACUGGGUGGGGUGCUGUCAUAAUAGCAGAAGCAGUUGCUCUCAUUGCUGCUAGCACAGUCCAUCGAGUUUGUAUCACAACAUGUUUCCUGUUCUCCGCUGGAUUUCUGUAUGAGGUCAACAAGCUUUCUGGGAUGGUGCUCACCAAAAGUGAAUCAAAAACAAAAAGGCUCUGAGAUUGGAAAUAAGUUUAUGAUGAUCUGCCGUUUUGAUUUUGCUGUUUCUUAUGGUUUUUAAGUAUCAUAUGGACAUUGUACCCAAGAAGACAGAAGAGUUUCAUUUUAACAGCAAUGGCCAUUUUUGCCCAGAGAUUAUUGAACAAAACACUAUCCACUCUUGCUACAAGGUGGCGGUUUGGUAGCCAGGUGCGCUUGCGUUGUGAGAACUUGUAAUCAAGAAGCGGUUAUUCUUCUACUUUCA